UCCGCAAUCCAAAGAAGAGAAAAUAUUCUGUCUUCGUUUUUGUUCUGCUAAAGAACAGCACCGCUUGGAUUGUUUAUAAACCCAGAGAACAAAUGACAAUAUAAUAACACACAGCAUGAAUUGAGUUGUGACUCCUGUGACCGAGCCACGCCACCACACCCACCACAUAUGCACCAGAGAGAGAUAGAGAGAGAGAGUCUAUUCAUCAAUCUAUUCUAUAUCCCCGAGCAUAACAGUUAUUUUCCAGCAGUAUAAUUAAGCAAGAAUACUCUAGUAUUUAACACAUUGAACUUUGCAUCUCUCUCUCUCUCUCUCUCUCUUUCUCAUUGCAGACAUACACCCAUUUUUCUGCCGGUGAAAUAAUACCGCCUUGAGCAUUUUCUCGCUAUCUGUAUUGAGGGCUUGUGGGGUCAUUCGAUGCUAGGCAAAACAUGUCACUGCACUGUGACCUGCAAGUUUACGUCAAUGGUCAACAGACAUUCUUCCUGAACGAGAAAAUCAUAUCAGCAUACUCGGGGAGGUUGAAGAAGAUCAUCAAGCAAGAGAAGAGGAGGACCCAGAUCAAGAAUUCCGGAAUCGAGAUCGACGACUUCCCGGGCGGCUCCAAUGGGUUCGAGCUGGUUUUGAGGUUCUGUUACAGCGGCGGCAAGAUUGAAAUCACGGUCUCCAAUGUGUGCCUCCUUCACUGCUGUGCUGUCUUCCUGGGAAUGUCCGAAAAGGUCACAGCUUCUAAUCUCCUGCAACAGACUGAGAAGUUCCUGGAAGACAUGUUUUAUUGGUCCUGGAAUGAUGUGGUUGCGAGCCUCAAGAGCUGCGAAACAUUCCUCGGCUAUGCAGACUCGGUAGGCCUGCUCUCGAAGCUCAUCUGUGCACUGCUGGCAAAAAUCGCUCAGAAUUCAGAUCUUAACCUAAUUAAUUCCUCGUCUUCAUCGUCAUCGUCCCCUGAAAUGGCUUCCAGGUUCAGGUUCUCUUCCGCAGAGACGACACCUGACUCUAAGAGCCCAUUUUCACCGAGCAAAGCAUGGUGGUUCGACGAUUUGACCGUCCUGUCUCCGCUGAUAAUCGAGAAGGUAGUAAAGAGCUUAGGGGCUCAUGGGAGCGAAAACAACAGCCUGACCCUCACAAGAUUCCUGCUCCAUUACCUCAAGACAGUGUCUCAGAGGAAAGGCAACGCGACAGGGUUUUCGGCGAGCACAAAGUCCGACUACAUCGGUCUCACGGACACGGCGGUUCACGGGGUCAUCCUGGUGGGGAAGACUGCAUUUUCUUGCCGGGGCCUACUCAGGGUGCUGAGAAUCGUGUCGGGAUUCGGAAUCAGCAAAGAUUGCAGAGUCGGCCUGGAGAAACUAAUCGGCGGGAUGCUCGAUCAGGCAACUCUGGAUGACCUCCUGGUCUCUGGCCAUGACAGAGGUGUUUAUGAUGUGAAUUUGGUGGUGAGGCUGAUUAGGGUGUUUGUUAAUGGUGAUGGGUGGUCCACACAGAAGAUGAAGAAAGUGGCCAGGUUAGUGGAUAAGUACUUGGGCGAGAUAGCCCCAGAUCAAAACCUCAAGAUCUCUAAGUUUCUUGGGGUUGCAGAGAGCUUGCCAGACUCUGCAAGAGACUGCUAUGAUGGGGUCUACAGAGCCAUUGAUAUAUUCCUUGAGAGCAGCAUCUGUAAUGUAGGGACCAAAACACUUUCAUAUGAACUUCAUGUAUGCUGUUUGUUGAGCGUGAUUCAAAAGGGUAGGACAGUUUUUCGGUCACUAAAAUAACUGCAUCAUGUCUUAUCUGUGAUUUGGCCUAUAUCAAAACAAAUCUGCUUCUAUUAGUUCCUCUCUCUCUCUCUCUCUCUCUCUCUCUCUCUCUCUCUCUCUCUCUCUCAUGCCUGAUGCUCAGUUUCAUUCAUGGACGCUUGACUCGCUGCUGCUAGUUAACGAUUUCGUGAAAUUGUCCUCUACUUGAGAGGACAACCUGCAUUCUAUUACGGGAAAGUGUUUCAACUUGAGAUCUCAAUUCGCGCCCACCUUUCAUGAGAAAUGUGUACUCCCUGGCUCAUCAUGCUAUAGUAUGAUCAUUAAUUAGAAAAUACAGAACUUGUAGGGCCGACUUGCCCUGAAAAGUAGGGAAUCAUUCACUUGGUGGAAUGUCCCAUUAAAUGCUUAUGCUGCAUUCAAUAUUUCCAUGAAAUGCUCAUGUUUGGCAGUUAGAUGUUUGAAGCAUUGGAGUCACCCAGUAGGCCGAUUCGGGAGAAUCAAUCAGCUAAACCCGUUUUGGCAAUGACGUGAUAUGCAGAGUUAAUCUACAAAACAGAUCAAUCAUUUGGAACAACUUCCCUAAUCUUUUG